AUGGCUUCAGAGAAAGGAGCGUCAGACCUACAUGGCCCCGAACAUUUACCGUGGCCUUUCCGAUUUCAACGCCAGACGGAAUCUGUACCGACAGAUUUGGGACCCGAGAAUGGCUUCAUGCCCAAAGGCAGCCCCAUCGAGAGCCGUGGUCAUACAAUCACAAAUGAAGCUGAACCGUGGCGUCGUCAUGCCCAGCAGUGGAUUCGCACACGAGGCACGAUUAGCGCGUCUGGAGGACACCAAGCUCAAGCAGUGGCCUUGGCUUACCUCUCAGACUCGUAUCUCCUCGGCACCAUCUCUCGCGUUAAUCAUCUAUAUCGCUUCCGAGGGGUUGAGGCUACAAAAUCAGCUUCUUCGAAACCUUCUUCGGCGGACGAGGACAGUGAAGGAGAGAGUGUUGAGCGAUUAAAGGAGAUCGAAGGCUUCCGUGAUGACCCUGACAACAGAAAUGGCAGACCUGAAGUGGAUAUGACAGUAUCGUUAAGUCACAGCAUCUACUUCCACCGGCCCAAGGACGUCCGUGCGGAUCAAUGGCUCUACUUUGACAUGUCCAGUCCUUGGUCAGGUGAUGAAAGAGGUCUAGCGGUUCUUAGAAUCGUUUCAAGAGAAGGUGUUCAAUUGGGCACUUGCAUCCAGGAGGGCCUCGUAAGACUGACUCAAUCAGUAUCUAAGAUCUAA